UCGUUUGUCGUUGCUGUGGCAGCCGGUGCCUCGAGAGGCCUGGCUGCGAGGCUUUAGUACGCCGGGACGGAGGCUUCGGGGAACACCAGCGGCAGCUCCGCCGCUUUGUCCAGCUCCUCUUCCCCAUCCCCGUCGCAGUCGGUCACGCUGCUGGUGAUGCAGUCCUGCGGCGGGGACGGGGAGGCGGUGGGCGCCAUGCUGCAACCUCAAGUGGUCCAGCCAGCGCAGGCUGCCUCAGAGGCGCCCUCCGCUCAGGGCGGCCUGAUGCUCUUCUACGAGCUAGGCCCCGCGGGCGAAGUGGAGGGGGACGGCGACGUCGGGGACAGCGCGGGCAGUCCUGGCGGCGGCGGCGGCGGCCUGGAGGACUUGGACGAUGACGACGAGAGCGGCGCCCAGUCUGGAGGCGGCGGCGGCAGCAGCGGGUGCAAGAGCUGCACGUAUCAGGGCUGCAGCGAGACUACCACUCAAGUGGCGAAGCAACGCAAGCCUUGGAUGUGCAAGAGGCAUCGGAACAAGAUGUACAAGGAUAAAUACAAGCGUAAGAAGAGCGACCAGGCCGUGGGAGGCAGCGGCGCCGGAGGGGCCGGAGGCGGCGGCCCUGGCUCUGCCGCCGCUGCCACCUCACAGUCUGGAGCUGGCGGCAUCCCGGGAGGCAGCGGGCGCGUUGAGGAUUGCACUGAAAGUUCCAUUUCUGUAUCAAAGCAAAGGACAGGGAACAUGGGAGAUCGGCCAGCAAAACCUACACUUUUGGAACAAGUGUUAAAUCAGAAAAGGCUGUCACUUCUGAGAAGUCCUGAAGUUGUUCAUUUUCUUCAGAGAAGACAGCAAUUGCUAAGUCAACAAGCUUUGGAGCAAAAACAGCAACAAUUUUCAGGAGCACCUGUGUAAUCAUGGCACAGUUUGAGAGUUCUGUUUCGUGUCAAAAUGGUAGAUGAAGCAAAGACUUGGAUAAGAGAUGAUUGAACUGCUGUAGCUCUUGUAGACUGUGAAAUCUGGAGGAAUCUAUUUUUCUUUUUGUUUAAGAAAUGCAUUCGGAUUGUAUUUAUUUAAAGUUUUUUUAUUAGCUUUAUGCAUCCUUCCUCCAUUGAAGUAUUGUAGUAAUUUUUUGGAAGCUGCAUUGAGCUUUUUGGAGGGACAGAGAUAAUAAAUUAAACUCAACCUGUUGCCUUGCAAAAGUUUUAUAUUUCAGCUCCUCUCAGUCCCAGUCAACAUGGCCAAUGGUCAGUAACCCUGGGAGUUGUAGUCCAAAACAUGUGGAGGGUACCAGGUUGGGAAAGAAUGAAUUAAUAGAUCAAAUAGUAAUUGGUUUAAUUGCUUAAAUUUUUUGCUAUGUGAAAAUUGUAAUAUCUUGCAUAAAGUUAUUCUUUGAUGACCGUCAUUGAAGAAGCAAUACCUACUUUCUAUGGAAGUUUCAAAUAGUAAUAUUUGAGCCAAUCCAGUAGUCUAUGUUGCUCAGGGAUGCAGGAGGGGAAGUAUUGGGCUUAACAGCCUUGCAGCAAAAGCUCAGCAAGGUUUGGCCCACUGUUCAAACACUGGUUUUAGAUUUGUUCCUUUGGCCAAUCUAGUUGAUCAGUUUCCAUAUUGCAGUAUAAAAUAAUGUGUCCCAGAUUGGUAUUAAUUUUAUAAACAUGUUUAAAUAUUUAGUGUGGGUAUUUCAGUAUAUUACUGGCAUGGUUCACCAAGAGGCACCUGUUUGCGCAUAUUUAUAUUAAUUUUAUAUUUUAAUGACUUAUUUGUAUGAAUAUUUCAUAUAAGGAUAUAUUGAGUUAUCCUUUUCAUAUCUUUGUAAUUUUCAAACAAUUUCUGAAAAAGUUUAGGAUUUUUAAACUUGGAAAAUACAUCAUUUAAGUUAAUUUUGUAUAUCAGAUUCUUCAAACUUUUCGCAGUUGUACAUAUUGGAUUGGAUCUUAAUUAUACUUAGGGUAAACCCAUUGAAAUCAUGGGGAGAAGUUAGUUAUUACUAAUUUAAAGCCAUUUAUUUCAGUUAUUCUAUCCUAAGUAUACUGAUAGGAUCCAAUCCAUUAUAAAUAAUUGGUGUCUUGUUGUAACUUAACUGUUAUCCUGACUAGCUUUGGAUAAACAGAAAUAAUCUUUGCUGUAUUAUUCUGUUGUCCAUUACAGGGACAAAAAAAUUAAACUGUGCUAAGAGAUGAAGAUGUAAAAUAUAUAUGGUGCUUGUCUUUUAAAAAUAUGUAAAUGAAAUAUUUACAGUUUAAGUAGCAUACUUCAAUUCUGCAUGCAAAGAAUUGUUAAAUAGAUUUUUUUCAGCAA